AUGGCAGUUCCCUAUGAUCCCAAUUUCACAAUGGCAAUCACAAUCGGAGGACAGAUUGAGAUCGACGAUGACCUAGAGCACGAUGAAUCUGCUUCUGCGGCUAUCGUAGCGGUUGAUUUGAUAAGCUCUGCACGGCUUGCACUUAAGCUGGACAGUGUGUAUACUGAGUACUCAGCUCAGUAUCUGGUGGACAAUGCUCGUCCGAAAGACAGGCACAAGAAGAAAGACAGGCAAAGAGGAAAGAAUCGCAAGCUCACUGUGAAAGACUGUCUUGAGUUUGCGUUGAAAAAAGGCAUACCGAAAGCAGAAGAUUGGCCAGAGUUGGGAUCUGUGUCAAAGCCUUCUUCAUCGUAUAAACCUGCUCUUGUUUCCAUGAAAGGAAAAGUGAUUGAGGCUAAGAAUAUAGAGGAAGCAUGUGACUUGUUGAUUGAUCAACCGGUGGGAGCAAAACUGCAUUUGUUCAGUCCACAGAUUGAUCUUGUUGGAGACGGAAUUUACGGUGGCCACUCAGGUGAGGAACACGGUUAUGUUGGACUUAGAGACGGGAUAAUACUUGGAGUCGAGAAGAUCCAGGGAAAGUCCAUAGCAACAGUGAAGCUAUGGUACAAGAAGAAGUUUCAGUUUGUCAAAGUUGCUUUGAGCAGGAUGUUUUUCGACUCCGCUCGGGGCAUAGCACCAACUACUCUGCUUGUUGACUAUUGUGUCCCACGCCUAUCCAUCAAUUGA